UUGAGACUUAACUGUCGGUCAGAAUUCCUUUCUCGGCGCCCACACUGGGCGGAAACAGAGGGGGUUUCCGCCCAGGGGCGCCCAGGUCCGCAGAUCCGACCUCCAAUUCAAUGCUGGGCGCCCUCUCACCGCAAAGGCCAGAAAUCCGGAGAGGGGGAGAAGUGGGGUGGAGAAGGGUCCCCAGGGGAGCCCGUAGCUACCCCCUGCGCGGUGCCCGGCCGCGCUCACGAACGCGCACACACGGACGCGCACCCGCGCAGCUAACACUGAGUACUUGGUGCAAGCUGCCGUUUUAAGCGCUUCCUUUUUGCCACGCACUAUUUUAACCUCUAGCCAGGAUGCCUCCCACUCAGGCAGAAUGUGUUAUAAAGAAUAUCAUUCGAGAAAUAGGACAAGAAUGUGCAGGCCAUGGAGAGAUUGUUUCUGAAACUCUGGCUGCUUUUGUGGUGAAAGCUGUUGUCUUAGACCCAAGUAAUGGCUUUAACAUGGAUAGACCCCUCGUGAAAAGUGAUGUACAGAAACUUGUUAAGCUUUGUGUGUCUCGGCUGUUGGAUAGUAAAAAUCCAUCCCUGGACACCAUUAAGAUGCAAGUCUACUUUGAUAUGAAUUAUACAAGUCGAGAGGAAUUUCUUGAAGAACACCACCGAGUCUUGGAGUCUAGGUUAGGCUCCGUCAUGAGAGAAAUUACAGAUAACAGAGCAUGUACCAGAGAAGAAUUAGAAAGCCUCUACCGAAAGAUUGUCAGCUAUGUGUUACUGCGCUCCGGGCUGGGAUCUCCUACCGAUAUCAAGAUUGUUAGAGAGGCAACAGCUGCCCUGCAGAGCAUUUUUCCUCAGGCUGAGCUUGGGACGUUUCUAACACUUUCUAAGAAGGACAAAGAACGCCAGCUGAAAGAAUUCACCAUGAUUGUUACAGGGAUUCGCUUAUUUAACCGAGACUGUGGAAAGGGAGGAGAAGGCAUUGAUGACUUGCCGGCCAUUCUGCGUGAAGCAAUUCCAGCUACCACACAGCACAUCGACAGCCAACUUCAGACUGCCCAGGACCAGGCAUACCGCUACACGGCCAUCCUCGAGAAGGCGGCCAGCAACCCAUUCCUGAGCAUGGAACUUCAGCCAUCCAUGUUAAAAGAAGCACUGUACAAUGUGCGGCAGUAUGAGAUCUUCCUUCAGAUCAUUCUGUCAGAUAUAAUUACCUGUGCUCAAGAGGUAGAACUGAUGAUAAAGAAGUUAGGAGCCCAACUGGAACAAUUAAAAAUGAUUGUAAAAUCAAAGACAGCUGUCCCAACAUCACAAGUCUUUCCCAUCUUCAUCGCACUUUCCAACCUGUGGACUAGCUUCCAGGACGAAAUUGUUUUGAUUAGUGUCCUCAGUAAUUUAACAACUCGCCUUGAACCAUUCCUGGGUACUCAUGAACUACUCUUUCCUGAGAAAGUCAUGCAGAAUCUUCUUGAUGGGCUGACUGUGAAAACUGAUGUGUCUAGAGUGAAAGAACACCUGGAAGAUAGAGUACAUCUGGUAGAUUUCAGAAAACAAGAAUGGCUUUUCCCAGAAACAACAGCAAAUUUUGAUAAGUUGUUAAUUCAGUGUCGUGGAUUUUGUCCUUAUACAUUUGCUACAGCAGAUGGUCUUCUCCUUCCAGGAAAUCCAGCAAUUGGGAUUUUGAAAUAUAAAGAAAAGUAUUACACUUUCAAUACCAGAGAUGCUGCAUACUUAUUUGCAGAAAAUCCUGAAAACUAUAUUGGUUUAAUUAAAGAAAAGGCCAAAAAAAAUGCAGAAUUAAUUCAGCUCCUGGAACUUCAUCAACAGUUUGAAACCCUCAUUCCAUAUUCUCAGAUGAAGGAUGUUGACAAACAUAUAAAACCAAUUACAAUGUCUGAAAGUAGCACACAGACGGAUACGCACAUAUUGCCACCAACAAUUAUGAGAUCAUAUGAGUGGAAUGAAUGGGAAUUAAGAAGAAAAGCUAUAAAAUUGGCCAAUUUGCGUCAGAAAGCUACUCACUCAGUACAAACUGAUCUCAGUCACAUGAGAAGAGAAAAUUGUUCACAGGUGUACCCACCCAAGGAUGUUGGCACGCAGUCUAAGAGAGAAGGCAGCAGUCGAGUGCCCAGGCCCCAGAUUUAUAUAGCUGGUCUCCGUGGAGGACAGGGUAAAGUCACCUCUGGGGUCAAGGUGAACUUAACUAGAGCUGUUGAUGAGACAUAGUUACAGAGUGAAUUUUCGAAGGAGAUCUCACCAAGUUAUGAGUGGAGGCCAAUAUUGACAAGUAUCUUUGCGUCCCUGAAAAUUAGUUAAUUUUGUGGGUCUGGCACAUUCAUCAGUUGUGUGAGUGCUUUCUGGAUUCUCAUGUGUAUUCACUUCAACCUACUACAGAAAACUAGAAGUUGUUUCCUGUAACACAUUUUGCAUUGUAUUAAAAUUGAAAAGUAAAA